GCCCCCCUGUGGUAAACACCGGUGCACACAGUCACAGCAUACACUACGACGACCCGCCAAACACACUCACACGAGUGAACACAUGACAGGCCUGCUAGGUAACCAGUGUAGCUAGUCUUACUGGCAUAUUGUAAUCGUAAUCAUGUUUGUAGCGCGUAGCAUCGCAGCAGAUCACAAAGACCUAAUUCACGAUGUGUCGUAUGAUUUCCACGGCCGGAGAAUGGCAACGUGUUCCAGUGAUCAAAGUGUUAAGGUUUGGGACAAAAGCGAGAACGGAGAGUGGCACUGCACAGCCAGCUGGAAGACACACAGUGGAUCAGUGUGGAGAGUGACCUGGGCCCAUCCAGAAUUCGGACAGGUUCUGGCCUCCUGCUCCUUUGACAGGACAGCUGCUGUCUGGGAAGAGAUAGUGGGGGAGUCCAAUGACAAGCAGAGAGGACUGAGCCACUGGAUAAAAAGAACCACACUAGUUGACAGUCGAACCUCAGUGACUGAUGUGAAGUUUGCUCCUAAACACAUGGGUCUGAUGUUGACCACCUGCUCUGCGGAUGGAGUGGUGAGGAUUUACGAGGCCCCUGAUGUGAUGAACCUCAGUCAGUGGUCUCUGCAGCACGAGAUCUCCUGCAAGCUCAGCUGCAGCUGCAUCUCUUGGAACCCUUCAAGCUCUCGUGCCCACCCGCCAAUGUUUGCAGUGGGGAGUGACGACAGUAACGUAACGUAUGGUGGGAAAGUUCAGAUCUAUGAAUAUAAUGAAAACACGAGGAAAUAUGCUAAAGCAGAGACGCUGAUGACCGUCACUGAUGCAGUCCAUGACAUUGCGUUUGCUCCAAACCUGGGAAGGUCUUUCCAUGUGCUCGCCAUUGCAACCAAAGACGUCAGAAUCUUUAAGCUUGUUCCCAUGAGGAAGGAGAGCACUUCUACAGGACCCACUAAGUUUGAGGUGCAGAUUGUGGCUCAGUUUGACAACCAUAACUCCCAGGUGUGGCGUGUGAGCUGGAACAUCACCAGCACCCUGCUGGCCUCUUCUGGGGAUGACGGCUGUGUGCGACUCUGGAAAGCUAACUACAUGGACAACUGGAAGUGCACAGGCAUCCUGAAAGGGGAUGGCAGCCCACUCACGGGUUCAUCUGGUCAGCCCACAGCCAUGAGCACUGUAGUGGGCUCCUCUGUUCACAACUCCCAGAAUGCCCUGAAUGGGAUUUCCGCAGGAAGGUAGGUGGUGUGGUGUGUCUGAUGCCACGCACCCACCUGAGCCAGUCAGAACUGACAACUUAUAAUGCCUCACACUGACUGGGACUGCAGCUGCUAACUGAAAAACUUCCUGGGCCCACACUGACCAAAUGUUUCACUCAUGCAAAGAGCUUGGCUUCCAGCGUUCAGGUUGUCGACACCAAGCCUGUGGAGUUGGAUGUGUUGUGGUGUGUGUGUGUGUGUUUUGGUUUUUUUUUUUGUUUUUUUUAUAAAUGAAUUACUUCAUUGUAUGGAUGCAUGUUAUCACAGCGGAUUCCACUUUGAAUUGUCAGUGUUAGGGCUAAACAUUUUCUUGGUAUAAAAAGUAAAAUAAACCUCUUUAUGCAAAUUUGA